AAGUCACAUUCUAGAAAUUCGCCUUUACCAAUCACAAUUUCAGUUUUGUAGUGUAACUGUAUGAGGGACGUACCAGUUUGUUAAUUUAGAGUGCGAUUCAAUGCAGAAAAAAAUUAUUUACAACAGUUCUCAUGCAAUUAUAUGUAACUUCAAAUUUACUCAAAUGCAUAAACCUGCCGUAUUAAGUACCGCUAACCUAACCAAAGUACCGCUAGGACAUUUCGGCCCAAAAAAGUUGCUUUUCGAAUUCGAAUAUGAAGUUAAACAAUGUGCUUGGGAUACAGCCAGUUAGUUUUUGUGAUACUUUUGUGUGCACUUCAAACAUUUACAAAAACAAGCUACCCGAAUCAUUUGUAUAUGACCAAUCGGCAAAUAAUUUUCUAAAAUUUGUUCAACCUCAACCAGUGUCAGAGCGAUUACAUAACAACAUUUUAUAGGAAUUUUUGAGAGGGUGCACGGAACGACAUAUGUGAAUAUUUGAACAAAUUGCACUUUCAUUAUUACCUAUACGUAAAGGGGGGAAAAUUCAUUAAAAAUAGUGGCUGUUAUUAAAAAACAAUAUAUAUAUAUAGAUACAUCACAUACUUUCUUUACCAUUUAUUCUUAAGUCAAGUCAGCAAUUCGAACGCAAUAAAGUAACCUUUUUGGCAAAAUAAAGUAAGUUAACAUAUUAGCAAAUAAUUGUAUUCCCGUAACUUCGGCCAACGUAUUCUAGCCACGGGUAGUUUUGGUUGAAACACCUGCGUUCAUUUCGUAAUGAAUUCAGUGCAAAAACUAAGUGAGCAAUCAAGGCAAUUUAGAGACAGACUCCGACGAUCGAGUGCAUGUGUACUCGCAGCAGCAAACGUAAAAGUUGUUGCGACAGUAGCAGGCACAUCAUCAGAAUCCUUAUCCACGGCAGCAGACAAAGCAGUAAUUCGUUGUAUUUUGCCAGCUGGAAAAGGCAGAGUAUCCAUUGUUAGAACGGCAAUAAUUCAGUGGCGAGUCGUAAUACGAAUUGACUUAGCGGUGAUUUGCGCUAUCUUACUUACACUUUGGAUACAAAAGCACUAUAUUGCCCAAUUUUAUUUCGCAAAAGGUAGCGGAGGAGCAGGACCAGUAGUAAAUUGUGCGAGAGAAGCUGCAACUUAUGUUGUGGCGGCGACGCUUCAACUAACAGCAAUAACGUCGCCGCCAAAAUCUUUGACAAUUCUUGAUUUAACGGUUUCAGCCGGAACAAGAGCAGGUGAGCAACUAAAUGUGGCUACUCCUAGUUUAGCGUUUCCACUGAGUAAGUGCUGUUGGGUCGCUAGGCUCAGCAAUUUUGGAUGAUUACUGCAAAUCUACGACACUGUUUAUGUUGAUGCAAAAGUAAAUAAAGAUAAAUCCUGGCGCAAGCAAAUACUUAACAGAGUAAAAAAAACACUGAAAAUACAGGAAACAAGACAUCAGUUUCACUUUGACUUUAUCACCUCGUUAAAGCGCACAAACGGGGUAAAAGAUGAGCCAAUAUCGGAUCGAUUGUAUAUAUUCCCGAAUGACUACAAUACUUGACUUGUAGAGGGGCGUCGGUACUAGCAAGAGUUCCAUGCUAAUGAAAGGAGAAUCACCUAAAAACUGGGAAACCUCUCUACAUUUAUCAAUCAAGAUAAAAUAUUAAAUAAAUGCCUUCUAUUCAUGACAUUCAUUUCUUUUUUUCGCAUUCUUGCAAGUUGUACGUUUUGUAAGAACUAAAAAAACAAUGACGGGCUGUACAACAUAUUGUUUUACCGUGAUCUGGGUUGUUGGCGGCUACAAAAUAUUCGUAUCUGGUAGUAACCGCUAUAAAAAUAGUGCCGUAAAUUUCGUAAUAAAGCAUCUUACCUGCAGUAAUACAUUGGUGACAGAGAUACUUCGAAGCUGACAAUGUCUUAUUCAGCACAAGACGUGCUCGUUUCAGUAUAACUGUGAAAUCCACGGUAUAGCAAGCAAAUGAGAAAACAUUUUAAUGUAUUAUCAUUUAAGUUUGGUAAAUAUGGACGAGACUGCAGAAUCUACAGCAGCACCUUUAAGUAACGUUAAUAGCAGCAGCAUCAACCAUAGUAAUUACUCGCUAAAUCGUACAGGAAUUAUGUCUGCAUCUAAAAGAAAUAUUUGCCUCGAAAAUGAUCGUUGCAGGGAUCACGGAGCAACAAACCGUGGCAAUAUAAUGACUAAGUAUAGGGAAGGUCGAAACGUCUCGCCAAUAACACAAGAUCCAGCAGUAACUCAUAAUAACAGCCCCAAUAAUACAACCGAUACGAAAGCUCCAAAAUACCUCUAUCAUGCUGAUACUUAUAUUGAAAAUAUGGCAGGUGAUAUUGUUUCAGAUCGAUUUAAAAAUGUAGAGCCAAUAUCAUCGAAAAAUAUGUUUGGCAAUAAUAAAAGGAAUAUCGCAAAGUUGCAGUGGUGGCAUUCUUCUACGUCUUCCGUGCAAUUGAAAGCGUUAACGCCGCGACUUACACCAAUGUUUGUUUCAGUGAACAAUGAGCGGGUUUCUCAGACGCCGCACGACACUGGAAAUAUCAUUGCUAAACAAAUCACAAAUGAUCCUCUUUCAAUACCAUUAAAUACCUCAAAAAUGCAUUUUAUUGAUGGCGUAGUACAACAAAAACAAAAUAACAUGGAUACCAAGCAGAAUUGUAACGUACGACAACAAAGUAUCAAUAAUAUUAGUGGUUCACCGCCAGUGAUCGCAGUGUCGACAAAACAUCUAAAUGUGCCUCAUCAUUAUCACCAACACCACAGCACUUCAAAAUCCAACGUAUCGAGUCUAUUGCCAUCUUUGAAUGAUUCACACUGCCAUAGUUAUGACAACCAUCAUGUAACCGAAGAUGAAGACCAAAUAUCACAAGACUCGCAAUUGCUAUUUAAAGGUGAGUAUAUAUUUAGAAUAUUAAAACUUUUGUCUAUCAAUUUCUUGAAAAAAAAAAAAAAAAAAAAGUUUAGAAUGAGGAAUGAUAGUUAGAAUUUAUCAUUGGUCACGUGACUGGUCUUUAAGCAUAGAUUAUGUGAUAUGAAACCCUUAUUUUUGUGAGAACGCUGUGAAAAUAUGAAUUUUUUAUGUUUUGCAAUAGUGUCACUUCGGCAAAAAAUGCUUGUGUGGACAUUUAUUGAAGAUUUUCUUCAGAUUUUUCUGAUAAAAUCAGACGCCUAAAACGUGUGCAAUAUUAUUUAUUUAGAAUCAUUUCAGUGUUGUUGCUCAAGAGUCAUAGAAUAGAAGAUUGCGCCUUCAAUA